AUGCCAACAGAAAAUGAACAAGUAGCGAAUGAGGAGAAUACUGAACCUUCAAAAUUAAAAUCAAUAUUGCGAAAUGGAGUUCAAAUUGUGGUAGUUGAUGAAAGUUCUGCAAAGGAUAGAGAAUCACCUCAAAAAGUGCCGUUUGAAUUGACUGUGGAGGAUGAGCAGAAUCAAUUAAUUAACGGAUUCAAGGAUGAUGAUGGUGCCGGCAGUUGUUUCCAAGACUUGGAUGACCAACACUUGCAAAUAUUACCAGACAACGACUUUCAAAGCUCACUCUCAAUUAACGAAUCUCAGGGUUGUCAAGCAAGAGAUGAUGUAAUUAUUGUUGAUCAUUUACCAAUCCCCCCAGAUGGAGAAUACGGUUGGGUAGUUGUUGCUGCUGCUUUUGUUUGUAAUUUAAUUGUUGAUGGAAUUAGUAAUGCUUUUGGGCCUUUUAUGGCUGCUUAUCAAAAAGAAUUUGGUGCCAACAAAUCAGCUGUUUCUCUUAUUGGAUCGAUUCUAAUUGGGAUGUAUUUACUCUCUGGCCCAGUUGUAGGCGGUCUUUUAAACAAUUUUGAAACUCGCCGUAUUGUUGUUUGUGGAGCCAUUAUUGCUUCAUUAUCUUUUAUUCUUUCUACAUUUUCACCAAAUAUAUUUGUUUAUUAUUUUGUUUAUGGAAUUCUUGGAGGUUUUUUUUUGAAUUUUUGGGAGGGGCCAAAAAAUUUUUUUGAAGGAAUUGGCUUUGGAUUUAUUUAUUUGCCAGCAAUUGUUAUUGUCAGUCAAUAUUUUGAAGCAAAGAGGGCAUUAGCUACUGGAAUUGCUGUUUCUGGAAGUGGUGUUGGGACUUUUUUGAUUCCUCUUUUGUCUAAAUAUUUGAUUGAGUCUUUUGGUUGGAAAAUAGCCAUAUAUUGCCUUGCUGCACUUAUUCUUCUCUGUGUAUUUUGUGGCCUUUUAUUUAAACCUUUGCCAUUGCCAGAAUUUGAUAUUGAAAAACAAAACAGACUAGCAAUUGAAUUAAAACAACAAGCACUUUUAGCUGCUUUGAGUAGAGCGGAUGAUGGAGAUGAUGAGGAUGGUCAACCUUUACUAAUGAAUGGACUUGAAGGUGGAAUUGAUUUGGGGAGAGGAGAUGAAAAUGCUGAUGAAAUGGUUUCUUCCUCGCCAUUAACACCACAUCGUCCCCCACUUUCUCCUAUCCCUGAAAGUGGGAAGAGAAGAUUAAGCAAAAGUAGAGCUGGUUCUGUACAACAAUCACAUGCUGAUGGAAUCUCUGGUCGACAUCCAACAGUCGUUUCAAAUCGAACUAGAAAGCCUACAUUAACUAGUAUGGCAAGUGAUGCAUGGAUGGGAAGUAGCAAUCAACUUCGCUUAAGCCGUGUCAACCUCAACAGUCAAUUGUCACGUGUUUCAGCACGUUCAUACGCCCAAUCACUUAGUAGACUGAGCCAAGCACCACCUCAAUCAAUUAAAGGCGAAUCAACACUUUCUGUUGCUUUGAGUGGAGCUGAACCAAAAGAAUUUGCUAGGCCUUUAUCUAGACAUGAUAUAUUCCUUCAAGGAAGUAUAAGAAAUUUGAAGGAAUUUGAAAGCGAAGGAAGCAAUUAUCAACGUUAUAGAGAAUCACAAAUUUCAAUUCCAAUGAUUAUUGCAGCACAAAAUUUGUCUUCUUCACUUUCACAUGCUUGUGGUGAUAUGGUAGAAUCAAGCAAUAGAUUUGGAGGAAGUCAAUAUAGCAGAAUAACUGGUGGAGAAGGAACAGAAUUUUGUGAAGAUUUGGAAGGACAGCAACAAGAUACAAGUCGUUUCAAAUUUAUUCCACUUCCAAUUCGCCAAGCAAUCUCAGAAAUGGUUUCUCUUUCAUUAUUAUCAGAUCCUGUAAUGGUUCUUUUAUGUAUUUCUUCAAUUUUUGGAAUGCUCGGAUUUUAUGUUCCUUUUGUUUUUUUAAUUGAAUUGGCUGUAUCUGAAGGAAUAUCACUUUCUGAGGCUACUUUAUUACUUUCACUUAUUGGAAUUUCAAAUACUUUUGGCCGUGUAUUUUUUGGUUGGAUGGCCGAUAGAAGAUGGGUUAGUGCUUUAACUAUAACCAAUUGGUCUUUAAUAUCAUGUGGGUUGCUCACAGCAUUUUGUCCAUUAUUUCCAAAUUACCUCAUGUUAAUUACUUAUUCUUGUUUGUUUGGAUUUAUUGUUUCAGCCUAUGUUUGCCUUACAUCAAUUUUACUUUCUGAUUUACUUGGCGUUGAAAGACUAACAAAUUCUUUUGGAAUUUUGGUUGUUGCUAGAGGAAUCUCUUCCCUUUUGGGUACUCCAUUAGCUGGUAUUGUAUUUGAUUUGACUCAAUCAUAUAUUGCUGCUUUUGUUUUUGCUGGUUCUUUAAUUGUUAUUUCUGGAUUAAUUAGUUGUUGUAUUUAUUUUGUACAUCGUUAUCAAAGAAGUCAACUUAGAAAUGAAGGUGAUUAUGUAGAGCCGCAGAAGAAGACAUUUAUUCCAUUAGAACAAGCAGACGCUACAAGCGGAAAACUUUCAGUUUUAACAGAAAGAAGUGAGGAAUAUUUGACAGAAUAUCAACGAACAAUUCAAAGUAUUCAUCAACAAAAAGCUUUGCUACAAGAAUUGGAACAAUAUAAACAACGAAAUUUAAUUAAUGAAGAAGGGGCCACGCCAUGGAGAAAAUGGAGCCGUACAUUUUGUUUUAUACUCGGGUAUUUUAAUUUUUCUUUAAAAUUUUUGUAA